AUGUCUAAGCUCUUCGUUGGGUAUGUCCUUCCAUCUGAUCUCUCCCUUUACCCCGCCUAUAUUGCCAUCGGGUCAGCUAACCAGUCCAAUCGCACAAACAGCGGCCUUGCCUGGCACACUACUGAUGAGAGUCUCCGUGCUGGCUUUGAGAAGUUCGGCACUGUCGACAACGCGAUUGUCGUCAAGGACCGUGAUACUGGCCGUAGCCGUGGAUUCGGUUUCGUCACCUUCACCUCUCCCCAGGAGGCUGACGCUGCCCUUAACGAACUGAACAACCAGGAAUUCGACGGCCGCAUCAUCCGUGUCGACUUUGCCAGUGAGCGCAAUGGUCCCCGCAAUGGCGGUGACGGAGGUUUCCACGGCCGCGGUGGCUACAACGCCAGCGGCGGUCGCCCUGGAGGAUAUGGCGGCGGCGCGUACAGCGGUGGUAAGCAUCCUGACUUUCUCGCCAACCCUUUCUUGACGACCUACUAA